AUAAAAGAAGUAAGGCAAAAAAAGAAAAAAGAAAAAUAGUCAUUAAAAUUUUGAGAUUAAAGUCAUAAUAACUGGGUUUUGAUUUAUUGGGGUUUAUUUUGUGUUCAUUCAUCCGAUAAAAAACGUGAAGACAGUGACUUGGAUUUGCGUUGCAGGAAACAUGAAUGGAAUGGAAUUUUGUUUAUGUUGGCAGUUACAGUAGCAUGUGUAUGAUCUGAGACACGAUUUGUUUGGGAUUGCGAGUGAAGUUGUUGAUAACUGUCUAAAAGGGGGUUUUCAUACCCUUUUUUGUUCUAAUUAGAAUUUAUUUGAGAUGAUAACCCGUUCUAAACUUGUUGAACAACUCAGAGAUUACCAGAUCCGAUCUCAGCACAAGUAUUCUCCCCUCACUUUCUUCUCUCCCAAACCCCACAUCAUUACUUGGGUUGAUGUUUCUGUGGCAAUUUCUGUUGCUCUAGUGUUCUGCAUGCUUGUUGUCAUAUCCUGCAUGACCCUUUAUUAUAGGCGUUUUUGGAUUUUUCUUGUUGUUGUGUGCUUCAAUAUAUUUCUUCUCAUACGCCUAAGAGCUUCUAGGCAAACAUUGGCAAGGAAGAGGGAAAGAAGACUGCCAUUGUCUAUAUGACUAUUCUCUGAGGUGAAUGAUGAUAUCUCACAUGAUGUAUACUGGCAAGCAAGGAAAUAUAAACACAAUUUGGUCUUUCAUGAAUAUUCAUAUUUGAGUGCUGCCAUUACUAGUGUAGGACAAAAAGAACUUUUUCCUACAUUUUUAGGGAGAUGAUAUUCAUCUUCACAACCCAUAUGCACAAGCCAAGUGAAUUUGUCAUACACUUGUUUCACUUGUAAUACUUAUAAAAUUGAUCCUAGAGGCAUGCAUUUUUUUUACUGUAGAUUUUUGUCAUGUGAGCUAUUCCCAUUUUCUCAGGAUGUUAUGAAGUGACUUUUCGCAUAAGCUCUUCUGUCAAAGUAGUAUAGAGAUGUGAUUUACAAAUGUAGAUAGUUGCAGCUGAUGAAUAAUAAUAGAAAUUUACCCUAUGGAAAACCACAAGCCUUGGCUUUUGUAUGCAUUUAGCUUUUUUCCCUUA